AUCGCGAACGACUUUCCUCGGGGAACCAUCGGGCGUCCAUUUAUCUGCUAACAAGUAUUCCGCCCGGAGGUAUUGCACUGAAAUUGUGACGGCCUACUCAAUUGAUCCUCUACUUCCCGUCCUGGUCGUGCGCGCAUCCUACCACCUUGCCGAAUAUGGCUUCGCGAUCAUUUAUGCCUCUGCGGAGGUCAUUCGCUCAGCUCUCGUCCCGAACUGCUCGCGCAGCUGGUCGAAAUGCAGGCUACUCUGUCCGUGGAUAUAACACUGAGAACUCGUCUCGUGGGAAGCAGCAAUUCACCGUGUGGAGACCCUACCUGCGUCUCGCAGUCGGCGUGCCGUUCAUUGGUAUGAUUAUCUAUUCUAUGGCCACCGGAGAAGUCACCGACCUUGACGCCCCAUCCAUCGCCGAGCUAGACGCAGCUCUGAAGCAAUCCUCCCAAAUCACCGAGUCCUCCCCCAUGCGCCUGCGAAUGGAAAAGCUCAUCAAGGAGCAACAGCAGAAGAUCAUCGCAGAAUUGGCUAGGAUAGACGGCAAGGAGUUUAAGCAAGAUACCUGGACCCGACCCAACGGCGGCGGCGGCAUUUCAUGCGUCCUGCAAGACGGAAACGUCUUCGAAAAGGCCGGCGUCAACGUCUCCGUCGUGUACGGCGAAUUGCCUCGGCCGGCUAUUGAAAAGAUGCGCGCAGACCACAAGUCCUUUGUCGGUGCGGACGUCGAUUCUCUAAGCUUCUUUGCCGCGGGUCUCUCGCUCGUGCUGCACCCGCAUAACCCCAUGGCUCCGACUGUGCAUCUGAACUACCGAUACUUCGAGACCUCGGAUCCAAAGGAUCCUAUCAAUGGUGAUAAGAACUGGUGGUUCGGUGGUGGUACGGAUUUAACCCCGUCUUACCUUUUCCCCGAGGAUGCUCAGCACUUCCACAAGACCAUCAAGGACACCUGUGACCGCCACGAUCCCACUUAUUACCCCAAGUUCAAGGCCUGGUGCGACAAGUACUUCUAUCUCCCCCACCGCGGCGAAUGCCGCGGCGUCGGCGGUAUCUUCUUCGACGAUCUAGAUGCCAAUUUCCUCCAAACGUCCGCCGGUUCUUCGUCGAACCCUCAAGAGACCCUGUUCUCCUUCGUCUCGGAUGGUCUGGCUUCUUUCCUCCCCUCCUACGUGCCUAUCAUCGAGAAGCGCAAGGACAUGUCAUACACCCCGGAGCAGAAGCAGUGGCAACAGCUGCGCCGUGGUCGGUAUGUCGAGUUUAACCUCGUUUACGACCGAGGUACUAGCUUCGGCCUGCGGACUCCUAAUGCUCGCGUGGAGAGUAUUUUGAUGAGUCUGCCCCGCACGGCUAGCUGGGCUUAUAUGGAUCCCGUUUCGGGUACUCGUACCGAGAGUAUGCUGGUUGAUGAGGAUGAUCUUGCUGAAGACAAGACUAGUGAGAAAGAGAUUAUCGAUGUGCUGAAGCACCCUCGGCAGUGGGCUUGAUCAUGGGCGCCAUUCGUUGAGGGUUGAUUUGUUGCAUGUCCUGCUUUGAUCUCUUCUUUCUUGAUCUGAAGAAUUCCUAUAUAUUGUAUCCUUGUCUCAUGAUUGGGAAGAUCGAGGUCUCUUAUGUAUAUUACUCAAAAAUAAUAUUUGCCGAAAUGCUGCAGCUUCCGGCUUCCUUUCAUAUCGAACUUGUAAUCACCUGUCUUUGAUAUAAAGAUAA